AUGAUAGUAGCUUCAUGGAAUUGUAGAGGGGCAGGGAAUCGUUGCUUUCCCUACACCGUCAAAGACAUUGUUUAUAAGUUGCAAAUUGAUGUCCUUUGCCUAAUGGAAACUCGAAUUAGUGGUACUAGAGCUGAGGGGGUAAUUAGAAAACUCGGGUUCAGUAACUGGAUUAGAUUAGAAGCUUCAGGUUUUGCUGGAGGCAUUUGGGUCCUAUGGAACGAAGACUCAAUGCAUGUGAAUUAUAUUUGUUCCUCCACCCAAUUCGUUCACUGCAAGAUAGUCGAUGUGAAGCAUAAUAAUUCUUUCUUUGCGACCUUUGUUUAUGGCGAAACCUCCCCCCAGAAAAGAAUACCACUUUGGCUCUCUCUUAAGGCAAUUGCGGAAGCUACAGAGGAGGCAUGGCUGGUAAUUGGUGAUUUCAACACCUUCCUUGACACAACUGACAAAAUGGGAGGAUCCCCUGCGAACCAUGGAGCUAUGAAAAAUUUUGCGGAUUGUAUUAGAGAAGCUGAAUUGUUUGCUUUGCCAAUAGAAGGGGAAAAAUUCACAUGGGAGAAGAAAGGAGUCAAGGAACGCCUAGACUGGACUUUUGGCAAUCUAAAGUGGGAAACAGAACAUCCACAAAGCAAAGCCAGUCAUAAUCUUAAAUACAAGUCUGAUCACAGGAUCAUUGUCGUAAACGACGGGCAAAGAACACCUCAAGGGGAGUAUGCAAGAAGGCUAUUUAGGUACCAGUUAGCUUGGGCCUUGGAAGAAAGCUUUAAGGAGGUGGUCUGUUCUUCAUGGGAUAACGUGGAAUGGUGUGAGGGGGCAAGGAAGUUUGAAAAGGCAACUCUGAGUUGGAAUGACACUGUCGUUGGUAACACCAUGAAGAAGAAGAAACAGGUGAUUCGUCGUCUGGAAGGAAUUGACAGAGCUAGACAGAAUAGUGUGACUAAUGGGCUAUUCAAACUUGAACAGAAAUUGUGGAAAGAACAUAGCAAACUGGUAGCGCAAGAAGAGCUCAUAUGGUUCCAAAAAUCAAGAUGUAAAUGGUUGCAAUGGGGAGACCGAAACACCAAAUUCUUCCAUGCUUCUACUACGAUACAGCAAAGAAGACAACGAAUUGAAGCGCUUCAAGGUGAUUAUGGGAACUGGAUCUCGGACAAGAAGAAGCUGAAAGAGAUGGCAGGGGAAUUUUUUGCAACCUUGUACUCCAAAGAUCAUACUGUGACAGGGAGGUUUGAUUGGCCUACGGCUUUCCCCCAAAUUGCACCAACUGACUGGGAAAGUAUACACCAGACAGUAACUGAGGUGGAAAUAAAGAAUACUGCUUUCCUGAUGGGCACUUUUAAAGCCCCAGGACCGGAUGGACUUCAAGCGCAUUUCUUUCAUACUCAAUGGUAA